UAUUGUUGUCUGUACUGCAAACCGUGUCGACUUUCCUACAAUAAUAUCUGUAAUUUUCUUCGGUUAUCGCCCUAAUUACACGUCUUGCAUUGUUAUUUAAAGAAAAUUGUAAUCAUUUGAUCAAAAGUUUUUUCUUCUAUAAAGUUACAUUUGUUUGUUUCUGGAUAAUAACCGAAAAUGUCAUUUCUCUGCACGGUUUAGGAGUAAUGCCGGGUCCUAGAACAGGCUAAAAGACUUCACUCUUCUGGCAGACAUGUGGUCAUUUGCUGCGGAUCUGGCUCUGGUCUGGAUUUUUCUUCAUUUCUACCUCCUCUACGUUGCCUGUGGGAAGUAUUACACAGUUUCAGCUCCUAAGAAGUACGUGGCGUUAUCUGGUGAUAUAGAGACCAAUUAUAAGGUUCCGGCGGAUGCUUCCUCCCUUAGAGUUCAGUUAACUGACAUUAGUGACUCGAAAGAAAGACAUCUGGUCAAGAAGGAGGUGCCGAAAGCUGUAUCAUUUGGGAAAAUAGUCUUUCCCUGCGGAAUCGUGGAUAGAGCUGGAAAGUUCGAAUUCCGACUCAUAACAACUGAAGGACAGGAGAAAGUUUUAGCAAAAUCGGAAAUAAUGGAAGUUACUUGGCCCGAAAUAGCCGUUCACGUUCCUUUAUUAGUGGAGACUUACAGUUCCGAUUUCAUCGUUGAGUUGCUGGCUAUGAUUAAAUGUCACCCGCGAGAAGAGGAAGAUUACAAAAUGCAUCUAGAACUGAUGUAUCUCGGUCCCAGUCUUCCGUCGGUAUCUCAACACACCUCGUGGUAUCAUUCGUAUAUCCUAUUAAACAAGACUCUUCCUCCGGUUUUCACUCACAAAAACGUGGAAGUUAGUUUGGAUUGCGAAGUAUUCGAUCGAGCCGGAUAUCAUAAGAUCCGUAUAAGAACCGAAGACAACGUACAAAUAGCCGAAAGUGAAAUUAUCGAAGUUCUUUGGAGUCAUCGUUAUUCUAUUAAUGUUCCUCAAUCUACACUGGAGCCGUGUAAUCACGGGAUAACCGUGGUCUACAAAUACCCACGAUGCACGUUAGAUCAGGAUAGAAUUAGAGUGUACGGUAAGAAAACGUCUCGACAUCAGGAUAUGGACUAUUUAUUCGAAAGAAAAAUUAAGAAAGGAAAACAUUCCAUUACCAUAACUUGCGAAUUACUCGGAGAAGAAUAUACUUCGUUCUGUUUUGUUUAUGUCAGCAAAGCGAAUAAUGGUGCAGUAUUCGAACUAGUCAGGCAGUGUGUUUCUAGAAACAUUGAUCCAGGAGGGUCGUCUACGGAAUGGAGCCAAUGGAGCCAAUGGAGCCCGUGUUCAUCCACGUGUGCAUCAGGUGUACGUAGUAGAUAUCGUUUAUGCAAUGUAGCCAACGACGAUGGAAAUUGUCAAGGUCGUCCCGUCCAAACAGAAGCGUGUAGCAACAGCGAUUGUACAGAAAUAACCACGUACGUUGUAGAAGAAAGUCCACUGGUUUCUACACGAUGUUGGUGCGGUUGCAGCAUCAACGUCACUUCAGAAGGCUUCUUAUCCGGUUACGUAACGCCCUGCGAAUAUCCAGUGGUGUGGCAUCUCCGCGUCAAUCCUUCGGAAACGAUCACUUUAGAAUUCCAACAUCUCAAUUUAGCCCUUUGGAAGAGGUGGUUAGUGAUUAGAGAUGGGAUGUUGGAUGUCGGCCCCAUAUUAUCAGUCGUCAAAGACGAUCAUCCCCUUCCUCCUCCUCUACAGUCUUCGAGGGAUUCCGUAAGGAUAGAACUACACGCCUCCAGCAAUAUCUCCGCAGAAAAAAAUGACGUUUGGUUUAAAAUUGUUUUUAGGAAUGCUGAACCGAGCAAAAGUUUGGCUAUAGUCAGCCCAUCGAUUAUACCGGAAAGUAAAUUGGGUGCCGUACACGUGGUUUUCGUGGUGUUGGCCGUAUUAUUAGGAACUACUACAACGUGUUUGUUACUUUAUUAUCACUUCCGUUGCUUCCGCCAAUCCAAAGACGGCGCGAGUCUUAGAAGUGGCUCGCCUUGUUCGUUGAAUCAUCACAAACACCCUGAAGAAGAACCGUGUCCCAACACUCAUCUGUUGGCGGCUAACACGUCGAUUUCGGAAAUAUCCGCUUCUCCUUUGCCACCCAAACGGAGACGAAAUCUGGAACUGCAACAAAGUCCGGAAGAUUAUCUUCAUAACUGUUUCAUUUUUCGACGUGCCUCUUCCGGUUCCGUGACACCCACCCCGGAAUCUGUCGUACAGAGUCCGUUCUUAAGUAAGAGGACAUUGCCCGUGGCGGCCGUCUCGCCUCAACCUCAACCAAUGAAAUCGGCCCUUCGUCAUCCCGAAGCCAAAAAUGGCGCGAGUCAGAAGCACAUCACAGUUAUGUCUCCUAUUAGGAGGAGGGACAAACCGUUUGGUAAAGCGUCGAAACCUACACAAAGAGAAAGUGCCGCUCCUCUGACAGCUUCACUGUCCGAAUUCUCUAUCACGGGUUCCGAAGACGGUUUCGAAUAUGAUUAUUACGAUUACGGUUGCCACGAUGUGCCCGGAUCUUUCUUUUGUACCGAUCCAAUGUUAAUGGAAUGGCCUCCGUUCAUUCCCAUACCACCACAAGUGGAUGAUCUUGGUUAUCCUCUACAGCAUUUUAUGCCUUCGUCUCCAAGUGAAUCUCAAGAUAUUCAGUCCACCAAAUCUUAAGGCGUGAUUUAUGUUAAAAUAAGAAAUUAAUGAAAAUACUCACUAUUAAAUUGUUUAGAAUUCCGAGAUGAUAAAUAUAAAAUUAAUUUUCAAUUUAUAGUCGCUAUGAGAAAAUAUUUUAUAAAUAUAGCUUUAAACACUUUGUAGGUAUGUUAGUAAAGAUGUUCUAGUCAGUAAUGCAUUAAAAUAUUUUUAUUUUCAUGCUUAAAUUCUUUAAAAAAACAAUCAAAUUCUUUGUAUAUAUGUAAAGUUCUAGUCAGUAAUUUGCACAUUUUAUGAUUUUUUUCUCCUUUGAUUUCCUUCAAAAACACAGGUUCAACUUAAUCCUAAACUUUAUGCAAAGAUGAAACCAUUUAUACAUAUCAUAAAAAUAUUUUCUAAAGAUUAAUUUAAAGUACAAAAUAAUCGUGUGCAAUAUUUAUUUAACAUUACCUAAAAGCUAUUAAAUUGCUCAAAUUUCAUAACAAAAAUUUCUCAUAUUUUAUAAAAAGAAGAAAAUUUUUUAAGAAAAAUGCAAAAUUUUGUUAAAAAUUGCAUUAAUAUUCUGUAAUCUAAUA